AUGGCCAAUGGUGAUCUGGCCGAUCUUCUAGCUAAGAUUCUGCCUACUGGGAUCAAGGUCACUAUCCGCCAUAUUUCAUCAACACCUAUCUCGUCCCCUGCGCUUUUUGCCGCUGCACCAGACAAGGAGCCUGAGCUCACAAUCUGUGAGAACCACUUCCUAACGGUGUCAAUUGACUCACCCAAAGACGAUGGUGCAGAAAUCAUCAUUUUUGGGAUGGAAGUGCUUGUAUACAAUACGACCCACCUGACCACUGUCUUCGUCUCCAAGGCGGAUUCAACGGGAUUUUUGAACCUGCUAAAACUUCCAAGAAAAGGAUCAAUUCUGCGACUUGUCUCCCACACUUUUCUUUCACAUCUGGCCCGAACACAUCAACGCCCUGGCGUGCGCUUAGUGGUGUCUCUCUUUGCACGUGCUCAGGAUCAGUAUCUGUUCCCUGGUAGCAUCGAUAACCCCGAGAAACAUGUCUUAGAUGACCGGGGCCUGAUCAAAUGGUGGUGUCGUGGUAUUGAUCCGAUCCUGCGCGAGUUUGAGUCCGAGUCAGUUUCGAAGGAAUCAAACCUAUCGGACCAAACGGUAGAGACGGCAAAGGCGUCUGCGACCGCAUAUCUGAUCGUCCCCGGAUGCGACCGCUUUGAGACACGGAGUUUCUUUCCUGCAACGGCCAAAUCUGAUCCUCAAGAUCGUCAACGAUGGCUUACCAGCUACCCACUUCAUCAGAUAUGUCAUGAUCCCAACGCCCCGCCUCGCUGCUUGGUUCCUCGGCUGCCAGAUGAUCCCAAGACUCGUUUCCUGGUUGAUCUUGACGAUGAGCUUUCUAGACCUUCGACUGGUGAAUCUUUGCAUCCCAAUCAAGGCCAAUGGCGCAGUGUCAAGUCACUAGAUCAGUUCUGGGAGAUGAUGUCCUUCCGACAAGAAUGCUCUGCUGGCCGGCUGGUUGGAUUUGUUUGGCUCGUCAUUAAUCCGCCCGGCCUGGUGAGCUCUACCUCCAUGGCUAGUCAGAUGAGUAGCUCUGCUAAACUCGCCCUGGAUACCCCAGUAGAUGAAGAGUCUAAGCUAUCAAAUGACGAGAAAGUACCAACGCAAGAGACAACGAAAUCCCCUGAUGCCUCCUCAACAGAGCCGUCUGUAGAGCUUCAGACAGCAGUUCAGUCGACCGAUGCUAAUCCUUUCUCAUGGCCUGAGGUUGGACGUGGCCAAGUUGUCCUCAGCGAGACAGAUUAUAAGCAGAUGAUGGAUGGGGUGUUGGAUCACUUCUACGACGAAAAGGAGAUUGUUGCAAGCACCAAGGACUAUAUUGACCAGGUAGCCUCUCUGGCAGACCAACUUACCUGGGGCAGUCAUAUAGUGGGCAGAUAUACCCCAGAGAAUACGGUCACUCAAGGCACACCUAUCGUCAAUAAUCUUGCCGUUGGCUUGAUCCGCAAGCGAAAAGGUUCAGAUGGAGACAGCGCCAACAAGACUACGAACGGCGCAAGUGAUAUCGACGGACUUCUCAAGAUCAACGAAACAAAACCUAUCAAUAUGCUGAAUGGUAGUCUUGUGCGCAAGAAGAAAAAGAUAUAA